AUGUCUCUCCUCGCCAACGUCCUCGGAUUCAGCGCUUUCGGCUUCGCGACCCGGUGUUUCCAGCUCGGGAUUCAGAAGAAGCACAUGUUUGAGGCUCCUCAGACGCACCUUGUGGCGAUGGCGGCCUUUGGAGCGAUCGGUUGGGGUGUCUACGAAAUGGAGGGACGACAACAAAUCAUGAUUGACCAGCGACGGACCAUGCUACUCGAGACCAGGCGCAAAGAGAACGAAGAGUACGAGCGCAAGAAAGCUGAGGGAGUCGAUGGACAUUAA